UUUCACACUCCUCUUUUCAAAGCUUUUGCGCCGCCGCUGGACUUUCAUUCAAAAAACUUUCAGCGGGUCUUUCAGGGUUUGUGGAUAAAACUCAUUCACUUUUAACCCAGCGGGCUUUUCACGCGUUCGCCUCAAAUUAGGACUGCAAGUCUGGGAAAAGUCGAGUAGGUGAGGAGAAGAAGUGGUGUUGGAUCGAAGUUUUUGCCCCGCCGUUUCGUGAAGACCUUGAUUAUGGCCACCGCCACACCGAGCCGAGCCGCGGCCGCCACGCCGCUCUCCCCGACCCGCAUCUCCCGCUUGCAGGAGAAAGAGGAGCUGCGGCACCUGAACGACAGGCUAGCCGUGUACAUUGACCGCGUGCGGGCACUGGAGCUGGAGAACGACAGGCUCAUGGUCAAAGUCUCGGAGAAGGAGGAAGUCACGACCAGAGAGGUAACAGGAAUUAAGUCUCUGUAUGAGGCAGAGCUGGCCGAUGCCAGGCGCGUUCUCGACGAGACCGCACGAGAGAGGGCGAAGUUGCAGAUCGAUCUGGGCAAGGUCAACGCUGAACUUGAGGAGGUCACUAAGAACUUUAAAAAGAGGGAUGGAGACCUGGCUUUGGCUCAGGCCCGUAUCAGGGACCUGGAGUCUCAGUAUAACCAGAGCGAGGCAGCCCUCAGCACGGCUGUUAGCGAGAAUGCAGCACUCUCUGCGGAACUGGCUGACCUGAAAAAUCAGCUGUCUAAGGCUGAGGAUGCUCACGCAGUGGCUAAGAAGCAGCUGGAGGCUGAAACUCUGAUGCGAGUGGAUCUGGAGAACCGCUGCCAGAGCCUGACUGAGGAACUGCAGUUCAGGAAGAGCAUGUUUGAGGAGGAGGUGCGUGAGUCCAGGAGACGCCAUGAGAAGCGAAUGGUGGAGGUGGACUCUGGGGCCAAGCAGGAAUAUGAGUUCAAAUUGACCCAGGCCCUGCAGGAUCUCCGCAAGCAGCACGAAGAUCAAGUCAGCCUCUACAAAGAGGAGUUGGAGCAAACAUUCCAGGCUAAGCUGGAUAAUGCCAAGGUGUCAUCUGACCUCAAUGACAAGGCAGUGAGUACAGCACGAGAGGAGCUGCAGGAGGCUCGCGUGAGGAUCGAGAGUCUGAGCUAUCAGCUCUCUGCUCUCCAGAAACAGGCGGCGGCAGCAGAGGAGCGCGUGCGGGAGCUGGAAGACAUACUGAACAGCGAGCGCGAUAAGCAUCGUAGGCUGAUGGAUGGCAAAGAGCGCGAGAUGGCUGAGAUGAGGGACCGCAUGCAGCUGCAGCUUAAUGAGUACCAGGAACUGCUGGAUGUCAAACUGGCCCUGGACAUGGAGAUCAACGCUUACAGGAAGCUGCUGGAAGGAGAGGAGGACAGGCUGAAGCUUUCCCCCAGCCCCUCUUCUCGAGUGACUGUCACCCGAAGCACAGCCAGCAGUUCUUCUCGCACCACUCGUGCCAAGAGGAAGCGUGUGGAAGAGGAACUGGUCAGUGCGCCCAAUGUUCACAUCAGUCAGCAGGCUGAGGCUACAGGUGGCAUCACUAUUGAGGAGAUUGACCUGGAGGGAAAAUCUGUCACCCUUAAGAACAACUCUGAUAAGGAUCAAUCUCUGGGAAGCUGGCGGCUAAAGAGGCAAAUUGGAGAAGGAGAAGAAAUUGCCUACAAGUUCAGCCCCAAAUUUGUCCUGAAAGCAGGCCAGACUGUUACGGUAUGGGCUGCAGAUGCAGGUGUGGCUCACAGCCCCCCCUCAGAUUUGCUGUGGAAGAGCCAGAGCAGCUGGGGCACUGGAGACGAAACCCUCACCUUGUUGGUGAACUCGGAUGGAGAGGAGGUGGCAAAACGAACAGUCACGAAAAGUGUGGUAGAGAUAGAGAAUGGAGACGAUGAGGAACAAGACUUCGGGGAUGAAGAUCUGUUCCACCAGCAGGGCGAUCCAAAAACCCGAUCCAGAGAAUGCGCUGUGAUGUGAGGGGAGCUUCCGUUGACACCUUCCCCCCAUGACUAUCGUCUCAUAGAGCCACUACUUUUAUAUUCUCCAAUCAUGAAUUCAUAAAAUUGCUCCCACCCUU